AUGACUACCAAACGUAGCCCAAUCGUGCUUCUGCUGUCGGUCGCCUUGUGGCUCCAGCUCGUCUGGGCCGGCCUCAAGGGACCGACGACGGUCAAGGGCAAGCCGUUCCCGUCGCUGAUCGACGCCACCAUGGAAGACCUCUCCAGGGGUCUCGAAAGCAAGCUCUUCACGAGCGUCGACCUGACGAAGGCCUACAUGGCGCGCAUCAACGAGGUAAACGACUACUUCCACGCCGUGACCGAGCUGAACCCAGACGCGGUCAAGAUCGCGGCGGAGCUGGACGAGGAGCGCGCCAGAGGCAAGACGCGAGGCCCGCUGCACGGCAUCCCCGUGCUGCUGAAGAUGAGCAUGGCGACGGCGGACGCCAUGAACACGACGGGCGGCUCGACGCUGCUGCUCGGGGCCAAGUUCGCCCGCGACGCCACCGUGGUGCGCAAGGUGCGCGAGGCCGGCGGGGUCAUCCUCGGCAAGGCCAACAUGAGCCAGUGGGCGACGUUCCGCAGCAGCAGCAACAGCUCCAGCAACGGCUGGAGCGCCCACGGCGGCCAGUGCCUGGGCGCCUACCACGCGGACAUGGACCCCACCGGCUCGUCCAGCGGCUCGGCCGUCGCGGCCACCCUGGGCCUGGCGGCGGCGGCGCUGGGCACCGAGACGGACGGGUCCGUGAUCCUGCCGGCCCAGACGGCCAGCCUGGUCGGCAUCAAGCCGUCGGUGGGCCUGACGUCGCGCUUCCUCGUGCUGCCGGUCAGCGAGCACCAGGACACGGUCGGCACCAUCGCACGGACCGUCAAGGACGCCGCGCGCCUGCUGCAGCCCAUCGUGGGCCGCGACGACCGCGACAACUACACCGACGCCAUCCCCUUCGAGCAGGCGGCCACGCCCGACUACGAGCGCGCCACGGCCAGCAAGGACGCGCUGCGGGGCGCGCGGCUCGGCGUGCCGACCAACACCAUCGCGCUCUUCGACUCCACCGUGCCCGACGACGGGCCCGUGAUGCGGGCGUUCCGAGCCGCGCUGGACGAGCUGAGGCGCGCGGGCGCCGAGGUGGUCGAGGCCAACUUCACCAUGGCGGAGCAGUGGAACAAGUCCACGUCGGAGAACAUUGUGCUCUUCUCCGACAUGGUCACGGCGCUGCCCCGAUUCCUGGCCGAGCUGACGGUCAACCCGUCGGGCAUCCGGAACCUGGCCGACGUCCGGCGGGAGACCAUCAAGGCGGGCGCCGUGGAGGACUACCCGGCCCGGGACGUCGAGACCUGGGACAUCUGCCUCGACAAGCAGGGCUUCGGCAACGAAGACCCGCGCGCCCUGGCCGCCCUGGCCGAGAACAGACUGCUCGGCGGCGAGGGCGGGCUCCUGGGCGCCAUCGAGCGCCACAAGCUCGACGCCAUACUGAUGCCCACGCCGAUAUCGAGGAACUUUGCCGCCAUCGUGGGCGCCCCCGUCGUCACCGUGCCCAUGGGCUACUAUCCUGCGUCUCAGCCGGUGAAGAAGUCCCCCGGCAGGAUUGGUCUUGUGCGCACGGGUCCCAACAUACCGUGA